AUGUCUUACGCGCUCAAUCAUUUGAAGCCCUACCAUCAGAACCUUCUAGCUCUACUCUGUUGGUGGCUUAUUGGUAUAACUUUUCCAAAAUAUUCGUAUAACUCUGCUCCGUUUGAAGCCGUUUACGAAGAAAAGGGGAAAAUUGUUGCUUUGUUGGUGUGGUGGCCUCAUUCAAACUCUAACUUAAGAUAUGAGGGUGGGGAAGUUUAUGCAUAUAGUGGUCAAGAUUUCAAUUAUUGGUCUUAUUUUGAAGCAUGUGAGUUAAUCAAGGGGAUUGACUCAAAGUUUGAUAUUGGGACUAUGAAAAUAUGGUGGAAACACGAUGGUGGAGAUGCUAGAUUUAUGGAUAGGGUUAGAGAGAAAAUGAAGAGAAAUAAAUGUGGUAAAGAGGUUGAUACUUCUAGAGAAUCAAGUGACGAGUCUAUGAAGGAUAUGCAUCUUGAGGAUAAUGAGAAGGAAAAGAUGAAUGAUUUUGAUGAAGGUGUUGAUGAAGGGCGACCUAGAGGUACACAUGUUGUUGAUGGUGAUGCAAGAAGUGAACCACUCAAUAAUGUCUUUAUUACACGAGGGAUGGAUAGGAAAUAUAUCACUGAGGAAGACUAUAUGAUUGAUGAACUUGAUAGUGGGGAAGAUGAUGCCAAUUGUGAUGAUAGGCCUAGUGUAAUUAGAUUCAACGAAGAAGUUGCUCUUAGUAAGGAUUUUACUUUCAAGGCUGGAUUGGAGUUUUCCUCAUUGAAACAGUUCAAAAAUGUCAUACUAAAGCAUGCAUACCCUUUAAAGGUUUAG